AUUGUCACAUUUUAGAGAACAUAACCCCCGCGUUUUUUUAACUACACUAUAACCUGACUUGGGAACUGACUCCAGAAAUCCAGUCCGCAGUUUUGGGCUUCCUGCCUGGAGCAGCUAGGCGAAGGCUAAGCUAGGCUAUCUGAAAAACUCCAAGGUUCCGUCAUCUGCGCCUCGUUUUUUUUCUCCUCCGGUGUUCAUGUUGUUCUUCACUGCAGCGGGGCAUUUCACUUACAAACGCGCACAUAUUCUCGACGAGGGUCGACUGAUUUAGUCCCGUGGCGUUACGAUUGCAUUUCCUUUGAGGCGCAGUCUGGUUCCCUGUUAGCCGCGUAGCUAGCAGCAGCCGCGCAGCCAAAAUGGCGGACAACGAGGAUGAGAGCGGGACUGGGAGAACAAUAACAGCCGCGGAACCUCCUCGCUCCCCGGCUCACACCCACGCCGCGGACUCCACGCAGGCCGAGAACGCUAGCGCGCCGGAGCCCGUCGACCCCAGCACCGAGCCGGCCGAGUGUAACCCAGCCGCGACGCCCGGGGCGCGCGCGGAAAACUCGCCCGCGGUGUCCGUCGAGGAGAGCGACCACCCCGGGGAUCUGCCCCAGACAGUUUCCGCUGUUGCCCCCGUGGUCGCGGAGUCCCAGCUGGUGGACUUUUUACAGACGGAGCAAAGCAUCUUGGUGGGCACCGAGUUCUCCAGCUUGGGCGCGGACAUGAGCAACACCACCAUCAUCUAUUUGCAGCCAGACGGCAGCCUGAUGGAGGGCUCCGGGCUCACCCCGGAGGAACAACAGGCUCUGCUGGAGCAGCUCAGCAAGCAGCAGGUGGUUCAGGUGUCGGACAGUGAGGCCGCCCAGCUGCUCCAGCAGAGCCAGCAGAGCCAGGCCAUCAAAAGCAGCCCCAUCCCCGGGGUGGCUCUCAACCCCAGCCAGCUGCAGCAGGUCAUCAGCCAGGUGAGCAGCAAGAACCAGCAGCAGAUCACGACGACGACGACGACGACGCCACAGCAGCAGCAGCAGGUCCAAACCACACAGCCGGUCAAACAGAUAGUCCAAGUCCAGACCCCGCAGCAGCCUGUCAAACAAAUACUUCAGAUUCAGACCCCGCAGCCGACGACAGUCAAACAGCUAGUCCAAGUCCAGACUCCGCAACAGGCGGUGAAGCAGAUAGUCCAGGUUCAGACCCCGCAGCAGGCUGUGAAACAAGGAGUCCAGGUCCAGAAUGCCUCGCAGCACCUGAAAAGCGUUGGCCAGCAGCCUACUUUGCAGGGCAGCGGCAGCACAAGCGCAGUCCACUUGACUCAAUCCAAGGCGGAACCGGUCAGGAUCCAGAUUCAGGCUCCUCCCAAACAGGAAGUGAAGCUCCGCCCCCCCUCCCAGCAGCACAGCAGUCAACCGCAGGUGACGCUGUCGACCAAUGGCAGCACUCAGAUCAUCCACAUCCAGCCGGUGGUGGCUCAGCAGGGCCAGCAGUUGUUCCUGCAGCAGAACUUGGGCGACGCCCCCAUCCAGCUGCUCCUCCAGAGCCCCACCCCCGUGGUGGGAUCCUUGCUCCCAUUGGUCCACAAGCUGCCGGCGCCCGCCGCCGCCAAGACGCCGCCCGCCUCCGCCGCCGUCCCCACCGUUAAACUGGCCAACGUGUCGCUGAUCAAGAGCCCGGCCAACGGCGCCGCCUCGUCCCCCGGUAAGACUCUGCUCAAACAGGCCGCCGCCCCCGCGGUACAGGCCAGCCCCUCCGUAGCGGGCCCGCCGGCCGCGGUCGCCCCCCUUGCGGCCAAGGAUCGAGACAAAGAGAAGGCCAGGAAGCAGAAGAAGAAAGAGAAGAAGGCGGUCAAGGUGCAGACCAGGUCGGGGCGGGUCUCAAGACCGCCUAAGUACAAAGCCAAAGACUACAAGUUCAUCAAGACAGAGGACCUGGCCGAGAGCCACCAGUCGGACUCGGACGACUACUCGGACAUGAGCAUGGAGGACGAGGAGCGAAAGGACGGCGGCCGAGACGGCGACACCUCGCUGGCCUACAGCCACAAGUCCAGGUCCCACCCUUGCCAGACCUGCGACAAGGCCUACAUCGGACCGGGAGGACUCAACCGCCACUACAAGCUCAAUCCCAGCCACGGAGAACCCGAGCCGGCGGGCGAAGCGCCGCCGCAAACCGCCGACGACGACGACGGACAGGCGCAAACGGAUGCCCCGGAAACGACAGACGAGACGCCGCCGGACGCCGCCAAGGAAGAGGAAACGGAGGCGAAAGAUGUUGCCAUGGCGGUUGACAAAGAGUCGGGCCCGGCGCCAUCUUCUGGAGGAUUCCGAGGCGUCCACCACCGGGGUCCGGGCAGGCCCCGCGGUCGAGGUCGAGGGAGGGGGCGCGGGCGGGGCAGAGGCCGGGGCAGGGGACGGUCGCUGGGGGCGCCAGCCAAGUUCGUUCAGGUGUCGGGCAGCCUCAGCCUCAUGGGCCGGCGGGGACGUCCCGGGCGGCCCCCCAAGCUGGGCGGCCUGGCGAGCGCCGAACUGCAGGCGGCGAGGAGACGCGAGCGACUGCAGGAGCUGGUGGAUCAAUGCGAGGACGAGGAGCUGAUGGACGUGGUCCUUCCUCGUCUCACCAAAGUCUUAAGCGUGUGGGAGUUGCUGCUGGCCAAGGUGGAGCGCGGCGGUCCGGCCCGGACUCACUUUCCGGACGUUUACCGCGAGUUCGAAUCAUUGCAGGCGCAAGUGAGGCAGGCCGCGCAGGAUUACAUCGUAGCGCCGCAAGGAGGAGGCGCCGCCCCUCUGGAGAUCCGGAACAUCGAGGUGGCGAGGUCGCUGGGCAUCCUUGACGAGGUCAACCGGAUGAAAGUCGUCCCCGGCGCGUCUCCGGCGUCCGGCCUCGGCAACAAAAGUAGCCGAUACAUGGAAAACUCCAAGAUGCUGCCGCCAUCCAAGCGCUUCAAGAUGGAGAACAGCGUUCCUCUGCAGCACAACGGCAUCGAGAGAGCGGCCCUGUCCGUCGGAGAGGCCGGCGGACCUUCGCCGACUUCAAAUCUUGACCUGGGACCUUCUGCCGCCCGAGUUGUGAGCUCCGCCUCCCCUGCGGUGACCUCCGCGUGCCCCGCGGUGACCUCCGUGGCCCCCGUGACGCCCACGUCCACGCCUUGCGCCGCCUCCUCCGUGGCCGCGCCGCCGCUUCCCAGCGAAGCCAAACCCUCCACCAGCCCCGUCCAGGCUCCUCCGGCCGCCACCGCCAUGGAGGUGACCACGGCCGAGCCGCAGGCCGCGGAAGCGCCGCCCACGCCGACGGAGGGUCCCGCCCCCGCGCCGGCCCCGAGCGAGCCGGCCCAGGAAUCGGAGAAGCUUCCGGAAACGUGUCUGGUGCAGGAGGGCCAGGAGAUCUACAUCGAGACGGACGGCCUGAGCGAGGCCGACGGCAUCGUCAUCGUCAACGGGCCGGACGGGACCACCAUGCACAUCCAGACCCCGGACGGCGUCCCCCUGGAGGCGGUGCAGGCCCUGCUGGGCAUCGAGGCGGCCGACCCCGGCAAAGCCAGCUGAGCGGACUUUGUUACGUCGGCCGUCUGGCUCGCUUCCAUCGGGGAGCUUGCGUGACGCGGACCGCCGACGACGGAACUUUCUGGAGAACGGCGAGGUCACCGGCCAAUGGCAGGCUUGAUUUUUCAAGGCGAGUCUGCAAUUGGCCGCUUCGCCGGCGUCGCUCCGGUCUCGGACUUUGUCUCGGAAACCUUCCGGAACGAAGCGGUCCGAGACGGGGUCGGCGAACUCGUGCAGCUGCUCGGCAAGUCUUGGACUUUGUUACGGAACGAAAGCCGGAGAAUGCUCCCUUCCAGAAGAUUCCGUCACCGCAAGACCGCGUAUGGAACUUUGCGGAAGAAAGUGAGCAAAAGGCGGACCUCGGUUCACCGGUUUCCGGAACCGAGGCGGCGGUUGGCCCUCUCGCCGGCUCAUUCCCGCUCUCGGACUCGGUGGCGGAACCUUCCGGAAGAGAGCCGGGCGCCGACUUGUUGGCGGAACCCUGAGGAAAGAGCACAGCGCGGUGAGCCAACGGCACAACGGCAAAAAUUGGAGAGUUUGGAACGCUGGUUUCAGUUGGGUUCCUAUUUAUUUCUCACGUUGCCCUCUUUCUCCUCCCAAACGUGAUUCGGAGCGCCACCGCCAAGCAACGGUUUGAUUUUUAAGAGCUUGUUGUAAAUGUUCCUUUUCAUAUUUGCGUUGUGAAUAUGUAGAUAAAUGUGAGAAACAAA